AUGAACAGCAAUAAUAACAGUAAUCACAGCGGUCAGCCAUGGAUGAUGCCAUCAGCAUUAGACCAUGCAUCUGAAACGUUCAAUUACAUGGUAUCAAGACCACCUGGGUCUGUGUUACCGAUGCCGCCUCAACAUCAGCAUCAGCAACAUCCACAUCAUCAACAACAGCAGCAGCAACAGCGCCAACAAGUGUCACCGGUACAAAGCGCUGCUAUGCAUUCAUCAAACCAUCAAGAACAAUCUGCUUCUCCACCAGCGCAGGCGCAUGAAUUGGACAAUCCAAAAAAUAGUAAAGGAAGCAAUCGAGCAGUAAUUCCAUCAAAACGAGCUGCACAAAACCGAGCUGCACAAAAGGCAUUUAGACAACGCAGAGAGCAAUACAUCAAGGAUUUGGAAAUCAAGGCAAAGGAGAUGGAAGAUUGGCAGGAGGAAAUGGAUAAAUUGCGUAAAGAGAAUGGAGAGCUUCGCGAAAGAGUGGCUGCUUUGGAGAAUCAAGUGGUUGUGUUGACAGGAGGAGAUGCUAGCAAAAUAGCUGAAUUGGAGAAACUAAAAGCGAGCACGCCCUCUUUAUUAACACCACCCAUCAAUCCUGAAUCCAGUACGCCCUCAUCAGCAGCAAUAAGAAAAAGCCCUGAGAGAUCCAUGUCUUUACCCAUCACACGAGCUGUGAGUGAGGGCGAGGCCAUGGCAAGAAGGGGCAGUGUAUCACCCACCACUGUUCAGUCUGUGAAACGAUCUCAUCAUGAAUCAAGGCUGCGUCACGAGCAAAUAAGCACUACACCAAGCACAACAAUAGAUUUGGAGGAUAAUGAUAAUACUCCAAAUAGUAAUAUCGACGAAGCAGCAUCAGCGGCAACGGCAGGUUCAUUCACACGUAUACCAUUGAGAGCACCUAAUCCAAUAUCAGGGUUUGAGACUCCAUCGUAUCACCCAACUGAUCACACACCAGCUUUAAUUGGAAACGAUACAGUAGAUGAUGUUCAUAAAAGACGUAAAUUAGAUGAUUCUAUCAUGGGACAACAACAUCAACAGCAACAGCAGCAGCAAUCAACGCAACAGCCUAUGGGUCAGGCACCGAUAGCCAAUGUUGUUGAUGCUAAUAGCUUUCCAACGCCAAUGAUACACAAUUCGACAAAUAAUCCUAUCUUAAUAUCUAUUCAACAAGAGCAACCUCAAUUGCAACAUCCCCCAAAUGAUUUCUGGAGUAACAAUGGUAACGCAAACGCACAGCAUAUGCCAGCUGAUAACAUGGUUGCAGCACCGCCUGGUGUUGGCGAUUUUGAUCUCGAUUUCGACUUUGAUCCCUUCUUUGAAGAUGAAUUUGGACCCACUAUUACCAGUAACAACGACUUUUUGCCAAAUGCCAACAGUGGGCAAGUGUUGGAUGAUUUGUUUGCCAUGCUGCAGACGAGACAAAGACCUCAGAUCCCAAUGGUGCCUUCUGAGGAAACUACUGAACCUAGUAGCAAUACGACUAAUUUUAAUGACAGUUUAGGAAGGUUAGGCUAA